AUGAGUGUAUGUACCCUAAGUGUGCCAGUUUCCUCAAUCUCUUCUAGCAGAAGAUGCCACGCUUUUAGUGGCACUGGGAUUCUAGGCUGUGUUCCUAUUAGUUCCAGUACUGAUGAGGAUGAUGUGAGAGAGAGAAAGAUGGUGGCUGACGGAGUGGAUAAAGAGAAAAAAUUACCUUCUAAAAAGAAAAGAAAGAAGGGCUUGCGAAUUAAAGGGAAAAGGCGCCGAAAAAAAUUGCUCCUUGCAAAAAAGUUUAAGGAUUUAGCCUCCGGAAGGCCUAUCGUAGAUGCACCUGCUUUGCUAGCUUCCGGUGUUCCUGAGCAAGAUGAAGAAAGUCUGUUUGAGAGCAAUAUAGAAAAGCAGAUCUACCUACCUAGUACCAGAGCCAAGACUUCCAUUGUGUGGCACUUCUUUCAUGUUGACCCCCAGUAUACCUGGCGAGCUAUUUGUAACCUCUGUGAAAAAAGUGUCAGCAGGGGUAAGCCAGGCAGCCAUCUUGGUACAUCUACUCUUCAGCGACACCUGCAGGCAAGGCAUUCACCUCACUGGACCAGGGCCAACAAGUAUGGAGUCACUAGUGGAGAGGAGGAUUUUACCUUGGAUGUGCCUUUAUCACCCUCUUCUCCAUGUAGCAGUGGAAGCUUUGAAUAUAUCCCAACUGAUUCUUUAGAUGAUAACAGAAUGGGUAAGAAAAGAGACAAAUCAGCAUCUGAUGCCCUGAGGGCGGAAAGAGGAAGAUUCCUCAUUAGAAGUAACAUUGUCAAGCAUGCCUUAAUUCCUGGAACAAGAGCCAAGACAUCUGCAGUUUGGAAUUUUUUUUAUACUGAUCCUCAGCAUAUCUCUAGAGCUGUGUGUAAUAUAUGUAAAAGAAGUGUGAGCCGAGGUAGGCCAGGGUCCCACUUGGGAACAUCAACACUUCAAAGACACCUGCAAGCCACACAUCCAAUCCAUUGGGCUGUUGCCAACAAAGAUAAUGGUGCUAUUGGGAAUGGAUUAGAUGAAUCUGAGACAGAGAGAAAUGAGCUCUUGAGCGAUCCUCUGCAUGGAGAGAAGUCUACAGGUAGCCAGGAUUUAACAAUUGAGGAUCUUAGUGACUCUGAUUCAGAGGGACCUCCUGUGUUAGAAAUUGAAAAUAGAAGAGGUGAGAAUCCCAGGCCUGCUGUACAGCCAGAUCUGAUAAGAGCACAGGGGAGGAAAAGAACAUACUGUGAAAAUCCAGUCUCAAGUCAAAUUAGUCAAGCAAUUAUUCAGAUGAUUGUAGAAGAUAUGCAUCCUUACAACUACUUCUCAACUCCAGCCUUUCAGAAAUUCAUGAAGAUUGUGGCUCCUGACUAUAGGUUGCCAUCGGAGACUUACUUUUUCACUAAGGCCGUACCUCAGUUAUAUGAUUGUGUCAGAGAAAAAAUUUUCUUAACUCUAGAGAAUGUACAGAGCCAAAAGAUACAUCUGACUGUUGACAUAUGGACCCAUGACCCCUCCACUGACUAUUUCAUUCUGACAGUACAUUGGGUCUCUUUGGAAACUGUACCUUCCAAUAAUGGUGGUAGAAUCCCAAAUUUUAGAAAAUGGGCAGUGCUUUGUGUAACAGGUUUGGCAAAAGACUGUUUGAUAACCAAUAUCUUACAAGAAUUAAAUGACCAGAUUGGCCUGUGGCUUUCUCCAAAUUUUCUUAUCCCCAGCUUCAUUGUUUCUGACAAUUCCUCUACUGUUGUACAUGCAAUCAAAGAUGGUGGUUUUAGUCAUAUGCCCUGCUUUCUGCGAUGUUUAAAUAUUGUCAUUCAGGACUUUUUCUGUGAACACAAAAGCAUUGAGAAUAUGUUAGUGGCUGCAAGAAAAACCUGUCAUCAUUUUAGUCAUUCAGUCAAGGCUCGACAGAUACUGCAAGAGUUCCAAAAUGAUCACCAGCUUCCAUGGAAGAAUUUGAAGCAGGAUGAGACUGGCCAUUGGGUUUCUACCUUCUAUAUGUUAAGAUGGCUUCUAGAACAUUGUUACUCAGUUCACCAUAGUCUGGGCAGAGCCAGUGGAGUUGUGCUUACCUCCCUUCAGUGGACUCUAAUGACUCAUGUUUGUGAUAUUCUUAAGCCAUUUGAGGAGGCCACCCAGAAAGUUAGUGUGAAGACUAUGGGAUUGAAUCAAGUGCUACCCCUGAUACAUCAUUUACUCCUUUCCCUCCAGAAACUUAGAAAAGAUUUUCAAGUCAGAGGUAUUACUCAAGCUCUCAAUCUGGUGGACAGUUUAUCACUGAAACUUGAAACUGACAGCUUAUUAAGUGCCAUGCUCAAAUCUAAGCCUUGUAUCUUAGCUACAUUGUUAGAUCCUUCCUUUAAGAACAGUUUGCAUGACUUUUUCCCACAAGGUACUGAUUUAGAAACUUAUAAGCAGAUCCUUGCAGAAGAAGUUUGCAAUUAUAUGGAAUCUUCACAAGAAGUCUGCCAUAUUGCAACUUCAGAAGUUUCUGGCCCCUCAGCUACAGGAUCUGAUUCGUUUACCUCAUCUGUAAAAGACGGCACCUCCUCCAGUUCAGGCUCUCUUGAUAGCUCAGUCGCAAAUAAUGCUACUGGAGGCAAAAGCAUCCUGUUUCCUUCUGCUAUAGCACUGGUGGAUGAAUAUUUCAAAGAGAAGUAUUCAGAAAUCUCAAGAGGUAAUGACCCUUUGAUUUACUGGCAGAAGAAAGUGAACAUCUGGCCAGCUUUGACUCAAGUUGCCAUUCAGUAUCUAAGCUGCCCCAUAUGUAGUUGGCAAUCUGAAUGUAUCUUUACUACAAAUAGCCACUUUCAUCCAAAGCAGAUCAUGAGCUUGGACUUUGACAAUAUAGAACAGCUCAUGUUCCUGAAAAUGAACUUAAAAAAUGUUAACUAUGAUUAUUCUACAUUGGUUCUGAAUCGAGAUCUGGAGAAUGAAGUUGUUCAAAGGAGUGAAAAGGAAAUAUUAUCUUAA